AUGAUUAGAGAACAUACUGAUUUUCCACCGCAACAUCUGCUUGGAAAUAACAAUGACGUCGCGGCCGCGGAAAGGCUUUGUGUUGGCAACAUAAUGUUAAUCGACAGGUGACGCUUUUGUCACGAUUAUAUAUACAGGAGAGGUCGGCCUUCAAAACAUAUUGUCUGCAAUCUUUAGUUCCUGUGCAAUAUUAAAUCUGUGAGCAGCUGUUAUAUAUAUAUAAGGACGCGUGCAGCCAAGAACUUUAAAAUAGUUCACACGUGUGAAAAUGCUGACCACAGAUUAUGCGUAACAGGUAACCCUUAUGCUACUCUUGGGAAAUCCUGUUUGAAAUGCAAAGUAGGAAAGAUAAGAUAAUUCAUUCUGUCGCAGUCCAGAAAGUUAUCUAUCAUUUUACAUAAGGGCUGUCCCGCCUUGGUUUUUUUGGGGGGGUGGGGAAUUUGUAAGGUAUUUCGUAAGAAAGUAUCACGGAGAAGACCAUGAAAAAGAAGAACACGUUCGCAGACGUGGAUAAGCACGCAGUACUGCUCAUGGAAGAUAAGGAGAUGAAGACUUACCGACAAAAGUUGCUCGCCGAGAAACAACAGCACGACUUGCAGAUGAACCUGUUAGAGAAAGAAAGAAGAAUCGCCUGGAACUCCGACAGGGCCGAACAGAAUCGACUGUUGUCUCGUCUGGAGAACAUAAACAAACGCAUUCUGGCCAUAAACAAGGAAAACUCCAGAAAACUGAGACAGCAGUCAGCGCUCUCAGGAUGUGCACACAAGACGUCGCCAAUGAACUUUGACGAAAACGAGAAAAAUGCAACCAUAACUAAACUGCCGUUCUUGUCUUCGAGUUGGCCGGGAGGUAUGGGAUACCUAGACGAAUUCCUAGACUCGCAAGGCGUGACCCAGAAGCAAGGAGGUCUAAAACUCGACACUAAGCCGUUCAAGAGUCGAGCAACUUCUGUACCCGAGCACCCCUUCAUACAACAGACGUUGUACCAUAUUCCUGUGAUAUCUGGAGGGACCAGUCGCUUGGACAAGUCACCGCAUAAAAUGUCCUCGAAAAGUAAAGAGAAGGGCGAUCACAGACGUCCUUCGAAAACCACCGAAGAAGACACCAAGGAACCAGUCAAACCCAGACUAGCCCGGCGUCAAAGCAUGGACCCGAAACUUUAGCAU